AUGAACAGAAUAGGGGCAAAACAGACAGGGUCUGGACCUUCCAGCGCCAUGCCGAGCAACGGCAGCGGCCCAACCGCGGAUGCCGUCAAUUGGGAUCGGCGCCCGGGCGGCCUCAGGCAAUCCGCACGAAACCGCCGGGUACACAGUUUGAUAGGAGAAUUUGACACACUGUACGACAUGGCUGGAGAUAUUGGACAGGCCAAGACCAUAGCAAACAGCUCGCUUAGUCUGAUUUGCGUUCGUUGGUCUCUUGGUGCAGGGAAUGACGAAAUAGACCAGGCGUCGGCGCCUCAGGAAGGGACGGCAAUUGGCUUGCCGCCCGCGGGUGGAGCCGGCAGGAGGGAGGGAAGUACAUCGGAGUAUGCAUGGCGAUCCCUCCUGCUCCUUUCUCAUCCCGACAUGAGGCCUUCAACCCACAAGAAGACCGGUCGGGUGGCUGUCACCAAGAGCAAUCGGGAUGAUAUGGUGGUCAACAGUACCGGAGGAUACCGUCAGACUCCUUCCCAUCCCGGUGUGGAACCCGGAGAAGAUCGAAGGAAACGGGAUGAAUUCUGCAAUUCUACGGAGUGUCCAUGA